AUGGUUUCAGCUACUUCAAUCAUAGCUUGGGGCUCUGGAGAAGAUGGGCAACUAGGAACUGGUACGAACGAAGACAAGGAAUGGGCUUGUGUCGUUGAAGCUCUCGAGCCUUACUCUAUUUGCUCUGUUGUCUCCGGUAGCCGUAACUCCCUCGCCAUUUGCGAUGAUGGCAAGAUGUUUACAUGGGGUUGGAAUCAAAGAGGUACAUUAGGGCACCCUCCAGAGACAAAGACAGAAAAUGUCCCUAGUCAAGUUAAGGCCCUUGUCAGUGUCAAGAUCACUCAGGCAGCAAUUGGUGGUUGGCAUUGUUUAGCUGUUGAUGAUCAAGGCCGAGCAUAUGCGUGGGGUGGGAAUGAAUAUGGACAAUGUGGUGAAGAGCCUUUAAAAGAUGACUUGGGUAGGCCCGUGCGUAGAGAUAUUGUGAUCCCUAAGCGUUGUGCCCCGAAACUUACAGUCCGACAGGUAGCUGCAGGUGGUACUCACUCAGUGGUUCUGACACGCGAAGGUCAUGUGUGGACUUGGGGUCAACCUUGGCCUCCCGGUGACAUAAAACAAAUAUCUGUUCCUGUAAGAGUUCAAGGUCUUGAAAAUGUUCGUCUUAUUGCUGUUGGGGCAUUUCAUAAUUUGGCUCUUGAAGAAGAUGGGAGAUUAUUGGCAUGGGGUAAUAAUGAAUACGGACAACUUGGAACCGGUGAUACUCAGCCAAGCUCUCAUCCUGUUCCUGUCCAAGGACUCGAUGAUCUCAAUUUGGUUGAUAUUGCUGCUGGUGGAUGGCAUUCAACAGCAUUGACCGAUAAAGGCGAGGUGUAUGGUUGGGGAAGAGGAGAACACGGAAGACUCGGGUUCGGUGACAAUGACAAGAGCAGCAAAAUGGUUCCUCAGAAAGUUAAUCUCCUAGCUGAAGAAGAUAUAAUUCAGGUUUCUUGUGGAGGAACACAUUCAGUUGCUUUGACAAGAGAUGGCAGAAUCUUCUCGUUUGGUAGAGGAGAUCAUGGAAGACUUGGUUAUGGAAGGAAAGUGACAACAGGACAGCCAUUGGAGUUACCUAUAAUGAUUCCUCCACCUGAAGGACGCUUUAAUCACGCAGACGAAGAAGAAGAAGGAAAAUGGUUAGCUAAAUCGAUUGCUUGCGGUGGUCGCCACACUCUUGCCAUUGUUGAAUGGAAGUCCGAUGAUAUGAACCUAUGA